AACAGCUGUCACCCAGUGCGGAACAAGUCGCCCAAAUUCCCCAAAUCUCCCCGGGCCGGAGCCUGCGGUCUUCCUUUUUAUCCUCCACCUCCUGGUCGAGUUCUUGCCCCCCCCUCCCCGCCCCAUCUGUGCGCCAGAGACUGUCCCAGCCAUCAUGGAGGUGGCUGAGGCGGAGAGUCCUCUCAACCCCAGCUGUAAGAUCAUGACCUUCAGACCCUCCAUGGAAGAGUUCCGAGAAUUCAACAAAUACCUCGCGUAUAUGGAAUCUAAAGGAGCUCAUCGAGCAGGUCUUGCAAAGGUGAUUCCUCCUAAGGAAUGGAAGCCAAGGAAGUGCUAUGAUGACAUUGAUAAUUUGCUUAUUCCAGCACCAAUUCAGCAGAUGGUCACUGGCCAAUCAGGACUGUUCACACAAUACAACAUCCAGAAAAAAGCCAUGACUGUGAAGGAGUUUAGGCAACUGGCCAACAGCAGCAAAUAUUGUACUCCAAGAUACUUGGAUUAUGAAGAUUUGGAGCGCAAAUACUGGAAGAACUUAACUUUUGUGGCCCCUAUCUAUGGUGCAGACAUUAAUGGGAGCAUAUAUGAUGAGGGUGUGGAUGAAUGGAACAUAGCUCGACUAAAUACAGUCUUGGAUGUGGUUGAGGAAGAGUGCGGUAUUUCUAUUGAAGGUGUAAAUACCCCUUAUCUCUAUUUUGGCAUGUGGAAAACCACUUUUGCGUGGCACACUGAGGAUAUGGACCUCUACAGCAUUAAUUAUCUCCACUUUGGAGAGCCCAAAUCUUGGUAUGCAAUUCCCCCGGAGCAUGGAAAACGACUUGAAAGACUAGCUCAAGGGUUUUUCCCAAGCAGUUCUCAAGGGUGUGAUGCAUUUCUUCGCCACAAGAUGACGCUGAUCUCUCCUUCAGUAUUGAAGAAAUAUGGUAUUCCCUUUGACAAGGUCACCCAGGAGGCAGGAGAAUUUAUGAUCACUUUCCCAUAUGGCUACCAUGCUGGUUUUAAUCAUGGCUUCAACUGUGCAGAAUCUACAAAUUUUGCUACUGUCAGAUGGAUUGACUACGGAAAAGUUGCUAAAUUGUGCACCUGCAGGAAAGACAUGGUGAAAAUUUCAAUGGACAUCUUUGUGAGGAAAUUUCAGCCAGACAGAUACCAACUUUGGAAGCAAGGAAAGGAUAUAUACACCAUCGAUCACACAAAACCUACUCCAGAAUCCACCCCUGAAGUAAAAGCGUGGCUGCAGAGGAGGAGGAAAGUAAGAAAAGCAUCCAGAAGCUUUCAUUGUGCUAGUUCUCACUCUAAGAGGUCUAAGAUUGAAGAGGAAGAGGCAUUGUCUACUGCAGUUGAGAGGGUAAAGUGUCCUUCCCCUCACCCAGACACAGGAAAUGUUGAGGUAAAAGAAAAACCAGAAGUGACAGUUAAGGUAGAAAACACAGAAGCACCUUUAGAGGAAGAAGUCUCUACUAGCAAAAUUCAGCUGGGUCCAAGUUUAUUAAAUUAUGGAGUCUCAGGAAACAGCACAUCUAAAAUGGAGCAGAUGAAAACUGAAGAUAACCAUUCGUAUGCCAUAAGUUCACUUUCAAUUCCCACUGAGUCUGUUGAUUCUCGCUCUGGUGACCAUGUGACAUCUGAAGAAUCAGAUCCACCCAAGCUUCUGUGGCCAAAGUCACCUGAAUCAUACUCCUCCAUAGUGGAGAGUAAUAGUGUGCUGACAGAGGGAGAAGAGAGUGAUGUUGAGAGCCACAGGACUGGCCUUGAAUCUGGGGAAGUCCCAGUCAUCCCCAGUGGAGAGAGAAAUGGCUUCAAGGUUCCCAAUAGAAUAGAGGGAGAGACCAAAACUGCUAAAAGUUGGCGCCAUCCACUUAGUAAACCUCCAGCAAGAUCCCCAAUGACCCUGGUGAAACAGCAAGUAGCAAGUGAUGAAGAAUUACCUGAGGUUUCAUCAACUGAGGAAGAAGUGGAAGAAACAGAGUCUUGGGCAAAGCCUCUUGUCCAUCUUUGGCAGACAAAACCCCCCAACUUUGUGGCUGAACAAGAGUAUAAUGCAGCCAUGGCCAGAAUGGAGCCAAACUGUGCCAUAUGUGCUCUCCUCAUGCCCUACUACAAGCCUGAUAGCAGCAAUCAAGAAAAUGAAUCAAGAUGGGAAAUAAAAUUAGAUGAUGUGAUCACUUCAGGAGGAAAGACUAAGCCCCUUAUUCCAGAGAUGUGUUUUAUUUAUAGUGAAGAAAAUAUAGAAUAUUCUCCACCUAAUGCCUUCCUAGAAGAGGAUGGAACCAGUCUUCUGAUUUCCUGUGCGAAGUGCUACGUACGGGUUCAUGCAAGUUGCUAUGGUAUCCCUUCUCAUGAGAUCUAUGAUGGAUGGCUAUGUGCUCGGUGCAAAAGAAAUGCAUGGACAGCAGAAUGCUGUCUGUGCAAUUUGAGAGGGGGCGCUCUUAAGGAAACUAUGAAUAAUAAGUGGGCGCAUGUCAUGUGUGCAGUUGCUGUCCCAGAAGUUCGAUUCACUAAUGUUCCAGAAAGGACACAGAUAGAUGUAGGCAGAAUACCUUUACAGAGGUUAAAAUUGAAAUGCAUCUUCUGUAGACAUCGUGUUAAGAAAGUCUCUGGAGCCUGCAUCCAGUGUUCCUAUGGCCGCUGCCCAGCCUCCUUCCAUGUCACAUGUGCUCAUGCUGCUGGGGUUCUAAUGGAGCCUGAUGAUUGGCCAUAUGUGGUAAACAUCACCUGCUUUCGACAUAAGAUCAACCCAAAUUUGAAGGCCAAGGCCGGUGAGAAGGGCAUCUCCAUCGGGCAGACAGUCAUCACGAAGCAUCGAAAUACAAGGUAUUACAGCUGCAGAGUGAUUGCUGUGACCUCCCAGACAUUCUAUGAGGUUGUGUUCGAUGAUGGCUCCUUCAGCAGAGACACAUUCCCUGAGGAUAUAGUGAGCCGAGACUGUCUGAAGCUAGGCCCUCCUACUGAAGGAGAAGUUGUCCAAGUCAAGUGGCCUGAUGGAAAACUCUAUGGUGCUAAAUACCUUGGCUCAAAUGUUGCACACAUGUACCAGGUUGAAUUUGAAGAUGGAUCCCAGAUAGCAAUGAAGAGAGAGGACAUCUAUACUUUGGAUGAAGAGUUACCCAAAAGAGUGAAAGCCCGGUUUUCCACAGCAUCUGAUAUGCGAUUUGAAGAUACAUUUUAUGGAGCAGACAUAAUUCAAGGGGAGAAAAAGAGACAAAGGGUACUGAGUUCCAGAUUUAAGAACGAAUAUGUGGAUGACCCAGUGUACCGCACUUUUUUGAAGAGCUCUUUCCAGAAGAAGUGUCAGAAGAGACAAUAGUCUACAAUGCUACAGAGAAGUUUGGCCAGAAGAGGAUAGAUAAAAAUACAGCCUUAGGGCUGUGCCAUAUGUUUCACUUGGGUAGAUGAUGGAGUAUGUCUCUGACAGUGGGAAAUUAUACUUCUCAGAGAUUGGUCACCAAAGCCACACAAUACACAUACUGUCAGUUGAUUACAGCAAUCUGGAGUCAUCCACUACUCUGCUUUCACCUGUGAGCAAUUGUCUUUUAUUAACCCAAAGAUUUUUUUUCUAAGGAAAUAGUGACUUGCCCGCCAAAAAAACCACUGCCAGAGAGGAAAUGGGUCCACAUAUGCCCAAGUAACGAAACACACAGAGACUUUUCUCUCCCAACACCAGUAGUGGGAGCUUGAUACCCAGGGUUGGUGAAGAUGGGGAAUAAUUUAUAUAUUUUCCACAGUCAGGGAUGGAUUCUCACUUGUUUGUUUUAAAUAGCAGUUUUUAUAAAACAUUUUUUAAAACACAAAUGGCAUGUAAGGUAAUGAGAUUUACCCUUGUGCUAUCUGUAUUUCCCUGUACAGAACUUUUACAUUUUUUUAUAUCCCUGUUACUUUUGAUUGUGUCUGAUGAGAACUGAGUUUGUUGGUCUUUGUGAAAUUUUUGACUCUUGAGAAAGAAUUCUUAUGAAUUGUAUGGGAAUUUUAUAUAUUUAAUGAGGGAGAUGUGGGACUGUUAUUUUUGAACACUUUUUUUCAUAAUACAUAUUCUUAGUAGAUAUUUAUAAAAUGUUUCUUUCAUUGUGUGUUUGUAAGAUUAGAAAAUUAGAAAAAUAUGACUUAUUUAAAGAAAUAUGCUCUAAUGCAUAGUUUUGAACUAGUAUGAUUUUUCAUUUUUAGAACAGCCUGAACAUGUACUGGUGUUUAAAAAUAAAAAUUUCCUUUUUCUCUG